UUCUAAAUAUACGGUCUGAGUUGAGUUUGCUUGUGAUCUCGAAGAGUGAUUUCAUGGAGAAAAUCGAUGCUAGUCGGCAUUGGCACGGAGAGCCUUGUUUGAAGUGGAUCUCAUGCUUUGACGGGCUCCGGUUAGUCCUUUUGGCGUAUCUUAUGAGAUACAUAAGACACGAACCAGUGUUCUUUGUCCAAGAACGACGAAAUCACGCCUUUAAGGGAUAUCAAAUUGGAGGAAGUAGCUUCCCGCCGGUGUUCUGAUAUUUGGUCAAUACUCUUCAAUCUGGUUGUUUCAUGUGUUUUCAAACACCAAGUGGAGCCGUACUAAUAGACAUAUAUUCAAUUCAAGAAUAUGCAGCAGGUGUUUGUUUGAUAUUUUACGCGACGAUUACAGGGCUUUGUCCAGUAAACAAUCAGGUCAUAAUCAAAUCCUCUCUGGCUAUUGUUUGUUGCUAAAAUGAUGAUCUAGUCCGAGUCGAUGAUAUUCCCACAGCAAUUCAAUUUGGUUGGAGGUAUUUUCGCUGGGCGGCACCAGAAGACAGAUUAGCAGGGGAUGGAAUCCAUGCAUCACGAAGCAUUAUAAUAAAGAAGGGUUUCUUGUUUGCCUCUCUGGGAGCAUUACAUGAAGCAUCAGACAUGGAUGUUCUCAAAGUUUUUGAAGAUUCCAAGGACUUGGUCCUAACGCUCAAGCCGGCUGCAUAAUACAUAUGUUGUCCUCUUCCAAAUCGUGUCACUACGACAACGAUGUUUACAAUGACAAACCUUAAUUCCGACGUACAUAAAAGACAGUCGAGAUAGCUCAAAUAUGCUGCUUCUGCAUUUGAACAGCCUCCAAAAAAAAUUUCUGAGCCUCUGAGAGUUCUUGCCAUCUUCAAGUUAGGAGUAGAAAUAUGUCAGUUGAAGAAGGGUGGUCUAUUCUCAAUGAAGAAACGAGACAACACCACCCGUCGGUUCAAAGAACAAGCGGUUUUGAUCCGAGAACCGGAAUCUACAACUCUCUCAUUGAACUUAAUGAGCACCAAAAGAUCCCAACCGAUCCCAACCUCGGCAUUGCUUCAUACGUGCUCUCGCAAUUCCCACAUGCUCUUGCCGAGUCGCGUAUCGCACUGAUUGAUGCGGCCACAAACUGCCAGAGCUCAUAUGCACAUCUCCACCGCUCCAUCAGAUCACUCGCCUAUGGACUGUAUCAUGCACUUGGGGUCAGAAAAGGCGAUGUGGUCUUCCUGUUGGCCCCAAACUCGCUCCUUUACCCGAUUGUGUGUCUUGCCAUUUGGUCAGUCGGUGCGAUUCUCACUCCGGCUAAUCCGUUAAAUACCACAAUGGAAAUAGCUAAGCAAGUGGCCGAUUCCGGAGCUAAGCUCGCAAUAUCUGCACCAGAAGAGCUACAUAAGUUGAUACCAACCAAGCUUCCUACAAUGCUAACAACCAAAACAUCGGAUGGCACUUUGCUUUCUGUGGAAGAAGUCAUAGAAUGCUGCGACCCAAUUGAUCUUCCCCUAGAAAGGCCGACUCAAACGGAUACUGCGGCUGUUCUCUACUCCUCAGGAACCACCGGCACUAGCAAAGGUGUCAUAUUGACUCAUGCAAAUUUCAUAUCCAUCAUCACACUACUGAACUGGUCAGUCAGAGCAUCCUCCUCUCAAGACGACGUGUUCCUAUGCUUCAUCCCCAUGUUCCACAUUUAUGGGCUUGCUUUCUUUGUGCUCGGGUUGUUCUGCUCAGGAAUCACUACAGUCGUGAUGCAGAGAUUCGACUUCCAGGCCAUGCUCGAUGCCAUUAAAGUGCAUCGAGUCAAUAACAUCCCUGCGGUGCCCCCCGUGAUUCUUGCGCUAGUGAAGCACGCCAAUAACAUGAAAUGUGACCUCUCGUCGCUUCGAAGAGUGGGUUCUGGGGCAGCACCACUGAGCAAAGAGGUGACUGAUGGGUUCCGAGAAAAGUUCCCAUGGGUCGAGCUGAGACAAGGGUAUGGGCUAACCGAAACUUGCGGUGCAACCUCUUUUUUCGCAUUGGAUGAGGAGGCAAAGGCCCAUUCUGGAUCUUGCGGGAGUUUGAUACCACACUUCUCGGCCAAGAUUGUCGAUAUCGAAACCGGGUCACCUUUGCCACCUAACAAGGAGGGAGAGCUGUGGCUGAGAGGCCCUACAAUAAUGAAAGGUUAUCUGCGGAACGAGGAAGCAACGACUGCGACGAUAGAUCCCGAAGGGUGGUUAAGGACUGGUGAUCUCGGUUAUUUCAAUGAAGAUGGGUUUCUUUACAUUGUUGACAGGAUAAAGGAGCUGAUCAAGCACAAUGGUUAUCAGGUUGCUCCUGCAGAACUGGAAGCUCUACUACUUAGCCAUCCUCAAAUUGUUGAUGCAGCUGUGAUACCACUAGAGGAUGAGGAAGCAGGACAGGUACCGAUGGCAUAUGUAGUUAGAGCAUCUGGUUCGGAACUUACCGAGAAUCAAGUCAUUCGAUUCAUUGCUGACCAGGUUGCACCCUACAAGAAAGUGAGAAGAGUGGGGUUCAUCGGCACCAUUCCAAAAUCUGCCGCGGGGAAAAUCUUGAGGAAGCAGCUGAUUUCACAAACCCAACAACAACUCAAUUCUAGAUUGUGAAGUAAUGAAGUUAGAUGAUGGCGGUCAGUGUGUCGAAUUAAGAAAAAGAACUCCAGUAGUUAUACAAGAUCUUACUACGGUCUUGAGGUACCAAUAAAGAGUUCACAGUAUGCAAUGUAGCUCCAAAGUAUCCAGAUUUUCAAGUCAACUUUCAUCAUCUGAAGUAAUGUCAAUUGAAAUCUAUUAGUUGUCU